AUGGGAUCCCCGCUGAUGCUGGUUGCGCUGGCACUGGCGGCACUCACAGUCGCCUCCCUUCCUUCUGCGACCCUUGGGGCCGUCACCCUCGGAGAUGAGCUGACCGCCUCGGAGUUUUUCGAUGAAACGGCCCUCACGACAAGCUGCAGCCAGCUGACCGCGUCUGCUGUUGGCUACUACUUUGAGAGCGGCCAAGCCACCGGCAUCUCCCGCUCACGUUGCACACUUGGCGGUUCCUGCCAGUGCGACCAGCUUGACACCUGCGAUACCGGUGACUGCCUCAGGGUGUAUCGGUGCAACGACACGACCUUCAACGGAUGCUUUGCCGUGACCAACUGCACUCAGAAUAGCUUCGACACCACGUUGGAGGUGCAAGUUGACUGCAGUCGUGGGCUUCCACUGGACGAACGUAGCGAGGAAGAUUUGGACUUGUUUGCCAUGCGCUGGAAACAGGCCCUGAGCGAUGAUUGCGGCAUCACUGGACGGUUGUGCCGGUACUAUGGCGACACGGCAGAGUCGCUGCAAGUGAUCAAUGGAUCCACCUUCCGCACCACCGCCCUCAAUGCUGCCCAUGCGGAAGACCUUGCGAUUUGCGCAGAGACUGCGCAGUUUCGUUUCAACCGCUGCACCGUCGUGUCUGUGGUGGAGGUGUCGGCCACGACGACAACCACAACAACAACGACAACAACCACAACGACCACAACAACAACAAUCACAACAACCACAACAACCACAACAACCACAAUAACCACCACCACUACUACGACAACAACAACAACAACAACAACAACAACAACAACAACAACAACAACAACUACAACGACAACGACAACGACCACAACAACAACAACAACUGCACCGCCUUGUGACUAUGACUGCGAAGACAGUGUGCAGUUGUGCAUCGGCAAGGCGUCGCUGGACACGGGAAACGGGCGGGACGUCUUUGCAGAGUGCAUGACAGCCAGAUCACACCACAGCAGCGGCGCGUUUGUGGCGUUGGGAGUCUGCCUGGCAGACUGCGACGAAGUGACGGGCACCACCACGCGCGAUGAAACCCAUCCAAUCUACUUCUGCUAUCAGAUGUGCGCGUUCAGCACAGCUGAUGUCGACUGCGAUGUCGUGUUCACGUCAACUACCACAACAACAACGACGACAACAACAACCACAACAACAACGACUACUACGACAACUACGACAACGACCACUACGACGACUACGACCACGACAACUACUACCACUACCACGACAACCACGACCACUACCACGACUACGACCACCACCACCUGCGCAACCACUGUCGCAACGGCGGGCACUGCAACGAGUGGACAGUCUGAAUCGACAGACGUCAUGUUCGCUUCCAACGGCAUUGGCUAUGCGUGCCCUGGGUCAGCGACGUAUGUGAUGACCAUCGAUCCCAGCGACGACAGCGUCAACGCAACAGCCAUUGAUGUGUCUGCAUACGGCACGAACCUGAACUGGUACGGCGGCGCAUUCUCCAACGGAUACGCCAUCUGCGUCCCAUAUCAUUUGAAAAACAUCGCGCUUGUCAUCGACACCAGUGACAACAGCAUUAGCACCACUACCUUUUCAACGUCUUGCUCCAGCGCUUGCUACCGAGGGGCCACUGCCGUCAACGGCAAGGUCUACGGCACACCAUUCCGUGCAUCGGAGCUGCUCAUCAUCGACGCUGCCACAGGCACCACAGACACCAGCAUCGACGUGUCUGCUUACGCACCAGGCGUCACCUACAAGUGGGCUGGUGCCGAGGUGGCAGCUGAUGGUCGCAUCUUCAUGGCGCCGUGGAGCAGCAACAAUAUCCUCGUCAUCGAUCCCGACACGAACGCCGUCUCCACCAUUGCCAUCCCAGCACUCGACAAAGCCUUCGCAGAUCUUGUUGCAGCACCAAAUGGCCUCCUCUUUGGCGUUCCCUCGGAUGCCACCUACGUGCUCAUUGUGGAUCCUAGCGACGACAGCGUCGACACGACGAGCAUCACCGACAUCAGCUCUGGCACCUUCAAGUGGCUCGGUGGCGCUGCUGCUUCAGAUGGCCUCUUGUACAUGGUCCCGUCGAGUGCCUCAACCAUCCUCGCUGUGAACCCAACAACCCUGGAAGUCACGGAAGAAUCCUCGCCUGUCAAAUACUGCGGCUUAGCCCGCACCGCUGACAAUGGUGCUGUGUAUUCGACAACGGGCUAUGCUGCCGCCUUCUUGGUGAUCGGGCCAACUUGUGCGUGAGCUGACUUGGGUGGGUGUGUUCUGUUCGCACAAUCGUGGCACUGUAUGGACCACGUGCGCCUCUGUGCUUUCGGUCUCUAUGAUGGCGCUUGUCCUCGUUGCUGCUGCUCGCUUGUUUUGUUUAUGUGUGCAUGUGUGCAUGUGUGAAGGUGUGUGUGUGUGUCUACCACGUGGGCUUGUGUGUUGUGUGUGCCCGACCGGGUGUGGUUGCUUGCCGUGUGACUGCGUGGUAUGAUCGAUCACACCGCGUGCUUGUUCUGAGGUGCUUUGCCCGUCAUCCUCAUCAAACCCGAGCUUGCAAGUGGGGUCCUGGUGCUCGUGUUUGACUGUGCAUUGUGCCUUCGUUUAACACCAUCUUCAGUGCUUCG